UUUGUUGCACGGGCACUGGAGCAGCGGUGUAACAGAUCCCAGCUGCUGCCGUGGGGGGAAUCUGAGCUAUUCCGUCCCCCUUGGGUUGGUCACGUGUCCUUAGGGAGCGUUUAGUUUGGUGACCACGUCGGGAGAGAGAGGUAGCGCGCACCGUUGCGCACAGCCGAGUUGGACAGCAACAUCUUUAACACGCGCUAAUGACCGGUGGCGAAUCAACCAGAUCAGUAUUGUUUUGGGCGUUGUCAUAAACACUCCACAGUGGUGUGUGAUACACAGAUCCGUCAGGCACCGACACAGCGUGUGUGAUCCUCCAGUCACCGACUCGUCAAAACUUCUGCGCUUACGGUACCAACUGUGAUCUUUACUGCGAGCGUGUCAUUGUUGCCAGCCACUGCUACAAGUCGACCUACGGAGCUGUCACGCCGAACCAAGCCCAGCGUCGUCCACAGUGGUGCUGCUUAUUGCUAACUAGGCUGCCUCCAAGCCCACAGGUAAUUGGCCAGCUUUUGUGGGAUUUGAUGUCACCUCUAGAUUGGUUCAACUGAAGAUGGAAACACUGGAGUCUGAGCUGACCUGCCCGAUCUGCCUGGAGUUGUUUGAAGAUCCUCUGCUUUUGCCCUGCGCCCACAGCCUGUGUUUUAACUGUGCUCACCGCAUCCUGGUGUCUCACUGCUCCACCAGCAAGCCCCUUGAGUCCAUAUCGGCCUUUCAGUGCCCCACCUGUCGUUACGUCAUCACGCUGAAUCACCGCGGCCUGGAGGGCCUUAAGCGCAAUGUGACGCUGCAGAACAUCAUUGACCGCUUUCAAAAGGCCUCCCUUAGCGGCCCUAAUUCCCCCACCGAGAGCCGGCGCCUGCAGCCGCAGCGGCCCUACACCGCCACCAUUAGCGGUACAAUAGCUGGGACAAUCGGCGGCGGUGGUGGUGGCACAAGUGGAAGCAGCGCCCGCGGCAGCCCGGCCACUUCCAGCCACUCCCACCCGCACGCCAACCACACCAAUCACACCAACCACACCAACGCAAACCACAGCCCAGCUGUUGUUGCUAAAAUGGAUCCACGCAUCAGCUGCCAGUUCUGUGAGCAGGAUCCGCCGCGUGAGGCUGUCAAAACGUGUGUCACGUGUGAGGUAUCGUACUGCGACCGCUGCCUCCGCGCAACACACCCUAACAAGAAGCCGUUCACAAGCCACCGCCUUGUGGAGCCGGUGCCAGACACUCACAUCCGCGGUCUGACCUGCUUGGAGCACGAGAAUGAGAAGGUCAACAUGUACUGCUUGGUGGAUGACCAGCUCAUCUGUGCCCUCUGCAAGCUGGUGGGGCGUCACCGGGAUCACCAGGUGUCCUCACUCACUGAACGCUUUGAUAAGCUCAAGGCUUAUCAGGUGAGCCCGGGCAGAGUGUCAGAUGCGGUAAUGGAGGCUUCAAAAACAAGCGCUGCGCAAACCCUGGAGAACAACCUGACCAACCUGGUGAAGAGAAACAGCGAACUGGAGAACCAAAUGGCAAAGCUCAUCCAGAUCUGUCAACAGGUUGAGGUGAACACAGCCAUGCAUGAAGCCAAGCUGGUGGAGGAGUGUGAUGAACUAGUCGAGAUAAUCCGCCAGAGAAAACAGGUCAUCGCUGUGAAGAUCAAAGAAUCCAAGGUGAUGAAACUGCGUAAGUUGGCUCAGCAGAUCGCAAACUGUCGCCAGUGUCUGGAGCGCUCUAGUGCCCUCAUCACACAAGCCGAACAGAGCCUGAAGGAGAACGACCACGCCCGCUUCCUCCAGACCGCUCGAAAUGUAGCAGAAAGGGUUGCCAUGGCGACGGCCUCCUCCCAGGUACUCAUCCCUGACGUCAACCUGAAUGAGGCGUUUGACAACUUUGCCUUGGACUUUUCCCGGGAGAAGAAGAUUCUGGAAGGACUAGAUUACCUAACAGCUCCCAGCCCGCCAUCCAUAAGAGACGAGCUGUGCACCGCCUCCCAUGACACCAUCACUGUUCACUGGACGUCAGAGGACGAGUUCAGCGUCACCUCCUACGAGCUGCAGUACACCAUCUACACCGGCCAAACAAAUUUCAUCAGUUUGUACAACUCGGCAGACAGCUGGAUGAUCGUACCCAACAUCAAGCAGAACCACUACACAGUGCACGGCUUGCAGAGUGGCACCCGUUAUAUCUUCUUUGUCAAGGCUAUCAACCAGGCAGGAAGCCGCAACAGCGAGCCAGCCCGCCUCAAAACCAACAGUCAACCCUUUAAGUUAGACCCAAAGACGGCCCACAAGAAGCUGCGUCUGUCCAACGACUGUCUGACCAUGGAGAAAGACGAGAGCUCGCUGAAGAAGAGCCACACCCCGGAGCGCUUCAGCGGCACGGGCUCUUAUGGCGCAGCCGGUAACGUCUUCAUUGACAGCGGGUGUCACUACUGGGAGGUUCUGCUGGGAGCAUCCACAUGGUAUGCCAUUGGCGUUGCUUACAAAUCAGCCCCGAAAAACGAAUGGAGCGGCAAGAACUCGUCCUCAUGGGUGUUCUCGCGCUGCAACAACAACUUUAUGGUGCGCCAUGACGGCAAGGAGAUGCUGGUGGAGGCAAGCCUGCAGCUGAGGCGGCUGGGUGUCCUGCUGGACUACGACAACAAUUCACUGUCCUUCUAUGAUGCCAUGAACUCCCAGCACAUUCACACCUUUGAAAUCUCCUUCCUCCUGCCCGUUGUACCCACUUUCAUGAUCUGGAACAAGUCGGUCAUGAUACUCUCAGGGCUACCCGUCCCCGACUUUGUCGAUGGUUUGGCCUCAGAUCUUCAAGAGCAGCAACAGCAGCAGAUGGGCCUGUGCCGACAAGAGUCUCCAUACUUGACCGGGAUGAAGACCUGCCACUGAGAAAAGGCCCACCAAGGGCCUAGCAGAGUCCACUCGUGCCCAGUGACUGGUUGAUUGGGAGCUGAAAGACGUUGACAGUGCAACUGAGUUCUAUUCUCUGCAUUUAGCGAGGACCAGUUACUUUCUUAUGGAUUUAGAAAGUGUUGAAGAUAUGCACACCAGUCUGGAAUAAUGUCAGUCCUGUUAGUUUGUAGCAAUCCAAUGCUUUGCUAAUCCAUCACUGGGAACAAGGUCUCUUGACCACAAACAUCAGUAGACCUAAAAUCAUCUGAUGUCCUAGCGUCACUCAGGGCAGGGCUGGGCAUCUGGUUUUAAUGACCAUUUAAGGUCUUCCUUUUUGAUUUAUCUUCCUCCUGAAUUGACCCUAGGCUGAAGACCAAGGAAGGAAUGUUCUCAUCUGCCAUUUAGAGUUUGAAGUUACAACAUUUGAACAGUGAGAUUACUUCUCAGCUGUGGUAGAUUAAAAAAACAAAACAAUGCAGAGGCAGUAAAAAAAAAUCCAAUGAAGACUACAGACAUUUUAACUGAUAUGUCAAGUGAACUCAAUUUGACAAAAACUAUAUUUUUAAUUAGCAGCUAAAAUAAUAGUUUGCCUUUAUGAAAAAUACACUAACAUUAUCUGUUUUCUUGGCAAGAGUUAUAUGAGAAGAUCAAUACCACUCUCAUAUUUGUACAUGAAGCUAGAGCCAGCAGCCAGGUUAGUUUAGCAUAGCAUAAAGACUGGGCGGCCUCCAGUCUAGUUCCAGCACGUAACUUGUAAAAAAGUGUCAAUUUUACAUUUCUCAGUAAACAAAUGAGAUAUUAUGUGUACAAUGGUGAGCUUUUGAGAUGCUUUUUUACCUUUUGGACUGAGCCAGACUAGCGGUUUCCCUGUGUUUCCCGCCUUUCUUAUAAACUAAGCUAACUGCUAGCUUUAUUAGCGUGCAAACAUUCUUCUAAUCUAACUCUUGACAAGAAAGGGAAUAAGCAUGUGUCCCAAAACAUAUCUUCCUUUAAAUGAGGAUGUGCCUUCUUUGAAUCCACUUUAAUGUGUGAACUACAUGCUACCAUCUUGCUAACGCAAAUACAUGCUAGCUGUGGACAUUUUGUGUUGCUUCACAUCACUGUUCAUGUGUUGUAGCCUCAGUAGCUGUAAGUGGUCGUUGCUAAAGUCUUUUCCUUGAUCUUCCUGCUAGUUUUGACACAGCGGUCCUGUUUGUGUUGGCUUGUUGUAGCUUCCGAGUAUCAGGAAGUGUUAACUUUGCUCCCAGAUAUGAACAAGAUGUUCAUGUGACUACUGGACAUGUAUAAUAAGAGGUUUAAUGAAUAUUAUAGGAAAAAAGUGUUAUUUAUGACAAAAAAGAUCGUUUACUUUUAUUAUUAAUCUCAACAUAUUCAUGAUGCACUUUUUGAUUAACACUAUUUCCCCUCUAUGAGUAUUAAAGUAGAUGGAGCUGAGAGGCAGGGAUGUAAUGGGCAGGCAAAGUGACAACUAGCACUACUGCUGGCUGUAAAAGACUCCUUUGAAAUAUAUAUAUAUAUAAUCACCUUAUUUUCCUACUUAUAUUUCAAAAUUGAUUUAUAGUCUAAAAUUAAUAAUGGUUACAGGAUAUUAACCAUAAUAAAGUAUUGCAAUAAAACACUGUCAUUUAAAAACAAAUGUGCUAACACCUAAUCUAGUGUAAUGAAACAGAAGCCCCUGCUGUAAAGUUAAAAGGUUUUUGCACUGUGCUUUGAACACAAGUGACUUUCCCUCCCCAUGGCUCUUUUCAACAGCACCUAGUAACUUUAUCUUGUUUAGAAAAGGGAUAUGAUUAUGAUGAUGUUUAUGCGAUUUUUAUCAUGAUGAAAUUAUGAUAAACUAAUAGCAGUUUUAAAAAAAAACUUUGCUCUGUUGUCGACUAUUCAGAGAAGGAGGGGGUUAACACUUUAACUUGCUGUCUGUCGCAAUGUCAUGGCAUGAUUGUGUUUUUCUCUGUGAUUUGUUAACACACACACACACACACACACACACAGGCACAUAUACACACAAACCAACACACGUCAUGUUUCGUUUAAGUUGGCCUUGACAUGAUAAAUGCAUGUUGCAAUGCAACAUUGUAGGAUCCCACACCAGUUUACUGGGUAUUUUAAGUAGCUUUUUCAAGUUCACUAAAUCUUGUUUUUCAUCAGAUACUGACUCACCUUUGCUUACAACAGACCUGACCUCUGUUUGUCACCCAUCACUAUUCACAUAGCAGCUGUAGCCGGAUCCAUUAUUUGCUUUUUAUUUGGAUUUGAAGGCCUGGUGUGGGUGACAGUGACAGUUUCUCUCUGGUUUGAUAUUCAGGUAGCGGCUCUGAUUCAGACAAUCAAAUGUGUAUCAUAGUUUAUGCAGAUUUAAGAGAGUGUGUGUGGCAGGAAGCAGUAGGGAGGGAUUGUGAUAAAAAAGCUGAUGUUUUACAUACCGUCUUGUUAGAUUUGUCACCUCAUGGCCAUUUUCAAUCUUUUAACACAUCACCAGGUAUGUACUUAUAAUGUUGAAUGUCAUGUAACAUUUGUAUUGACAAGAUAUGAUUUCCUUGACAUAAAAAAUACAGACAAACUGAUUUCAAUAAUUUGCUAGUAACUUGGUUACUUAAUCAUGAAUUAAAGCAAAGUUUUAGUGAUGUUAAACUCUCAGCUAUGGAAAGGUAGUGAAAAUAUGAUAUGUGAUGACCUCCCAGUGCACCUUUCAACCUGCAGUGUUUACUUAAUGCAACUAAGGAGGAGGAUGGAGGUAUUGAUUGCAUGAGCGCUACAGACAACAAAAGAUAAUCCACUGGUCAAAGGCAACACAGGAGGCGCUCCAGUAUAAGAGGGGAGGGUUAUGUUUUUUCUGUCAGGGAGAUUAAUGAAUGUUUCCUGACUUCCAGAUAUCCACCCAUCUUGUUGAAUAAUGUCGGUCACAGGCUCGAAACGGCCAUGUGUUGAUUUGUGAUCCAGACUGACAAGCUCAACUCAUCUGUGCAAGCGUGCUUGGCUGGGUCACUGCAUGAUUACGUGACCUUGCUACAGGUUCAUAAUUAUUUCCUUAUCUUUAUGAUGCAGUUUCUUAUCUUGAGUCAAGCAUAUCCUCUUUUUUUUGCAACAAAAAGGAACCAUGAACACGUAGAUAUUGCCAUGCAUAUCAAACAGUUUGCAGUGCUCUUUCUUUCUUUGUGUCACAAGUCAAUACAGUAGAAUAUAUACAGUGAAUGAUUUUCAAUAGCUACCCACUCCUUGUAGUGCAGUGUAAUACCCUAGAGACAAUGCAAUAGACUCUCCUUUUUUGCUUUUCUGUUUGUGUAACUUGGGAAAUUAUUUUUUACAACUCAUGAGAAAUGCUCCUCUCAUUUUGGCAUUUGUACCUUGAUAAACAGCACAAAAGAGCUGCCUUGCAUUCAUGCAAGGCUUUCUGUUUCCGUAGAUAUGAGAGAUAAUUUUAGCCAGAGAGGAAUGUAUAUCAUAGGGGGAAAUAUAUAUUAUAUAAAGUUGUAUAAUAUACAAAAUAUAUAUGAACCAAUGUUAUUUAUGUGAAUUUAAGUCCAAUUAAA